GGGGGUCAUUUUGAGUUGAGCUGCCGCCGGGAAAGGGUUGAGGAUCCCUCAGCUUUUACCUGCCCGGCCCGGCCCGGGUCGAGAGCUGCUGGUUUAUUUUUCGGACGACUCCCUCUGCCCCCCUCCCCCCCUCGGGUUUUUCCUCCUCCCGCUCUUCCUUCGGCAUCACGUGGGUCUCCGGGGGCUCGCCUCAAGCGCAGCCGCAGGAAGGCGUCGGGAAAGGGGAGGGGGGGUGCCGGGUAGGAGGAGGGGAGCCAUCUACGCGACGCCGAGGCUGCGAGGCGCGCAGCAGGCCCCUGGCCCUAGAGUUUGCGUGUGGGACAAGCUGAUCCCAAACCACUCCUCCGCUCCAAGCUCAGUUCCAUGUGUUUCCCGUGGCUCUUGGGAUCUGGAUUUCUCCUCGCGAGCCUCCAACUCCAAACAUUUGGCAGUUUAUUUCGAGCUCGAGGGAAGACAGUGACUGAUACCAUUAUCUGCAGCUGUUAACAUGUCUAGUACCUCUCCGGGCAGGCAGAAACGCAAGGAGGAAAUUCAGAAGGGUCUGCAUUUCAUUCAAUCUCCCUUAUCUUAUCCAGGAAGCCAAGAUGAAUAUGAGGCUUUUCUGCAUCAGCUGAUUAAAGACUUGCUGGAAGAAGGGAAUGGACUGUACAGAGAAAAAGAUUAUAAAAUGGCCCUGGUCCAGUAUAUAGAGGCAGUGAAUGUAGCACGAUAUGCAGAAUCGGAUGAGAUGGUAAUCUCACAACGCUUGCGUGAGAAGCUGUACGUUAAUCGAGCCGCCUGCUACUUCAGUAUGGGUGUGUAUGAGAAAGCUCUGGAAGACUGUGAAAGCACGCUAAAGCUCAAUGAAAAUAACUACCGGGCACUUUAUCGGAAAACACAAGCACUGAACGAGCUGGGAAAGCAUAAAGAAGCUUAUGAAUGCAUUGCCAAGUGCUCUUUCGCUGUUCCCCAGGAUGAAAAUGUAGUGAAAUUGACACAAGAACUGGCACAGAAGUUGGGGCUAAGGAUCCGUAAAGCAUAUAUCAGAGCUCAGCAUGACAUAGAUACUGUGGGCCUGACCGAGAUUGGCAAUUCAAUGAACAGUAGUCAAGUCUCCAUAAAUGGCACAAGUAGAAUAGAUGAUAUAGAAUCAGAUUCAUCUUUGGACCUUCCACGUAUCCCUGUUCCAGCCACUAUUCCUGCACCAGCCAGUGAAGUUUCAAUUCCCAUCACCUCAGUUUCUGUUAGUAUCCAGCAAUCACAGACAGAAACUUCUCUGCUGAAACCCCCUGUUGGUGAUGGGGUCUCUCUCUCAGUGCCUGAAACUGCAGAGGAGUUUCCAGAUGAGGAGAUUAUUGGAGAAGAACUAGACACAUUGUUGGAUUCUAUAGGAGAGACAAAUGACUUUCCAAUGACGUCGGCAGGGACAGUUCCAACAAACCUGCCCAACGACGUGUCGAGGCUGCUUGCCGUCUUUCCCACUGGUGCCCCGGUCCUCCCGUCUGCUGUGAAGGGUAACGUUGGCACAAAGGUUUCACUCCCGUCAGCCUAUCCCAUGCUUCCUGUCCAGAAGAUGGACACCCUGGACAGCAUCGGUCCGAACACAAUUGUAAAUAGUUUAGAUUCCUUGGACCUGCUCCCUGGAACGGAAUCUCGACCUGCUUCGAGACCUAUGACACCAAACAGCAAUCAAAGCACAUCGAGCAGUUUUGCAUUGGGUAAGCAAUCCAACAGCCUGUCCUGUUUGAGCAAUUCCUCAACAUUUCUUGGAAUGGUGAGAGGAGAUGGUGGAUCAUUCCUGUCGCCAUCAACACUGACGAAGAACCCACUCAGCGACACGCAUGACCUGCGCCAGGCUUGCCUCAACUGCUUCAUUAAAACAGGAGUUAAAGCAUUGGAUUAUAAUUAUAACCCUGACCUGGAUCAUAAAUGUAAAAAAGAUCUAUUGAUUGGAAGACUGAAGUGUUCGACAGACACACGGUGGAAGAAAAUCAGGCCUCGGCCUACCAGGAAUAAUUACGGGGGACCUUACUACAUAUGUAAAGAUAUUGCUAGUAAGGAAGAUUGCAAGUAUGGGGAUCAAUGUACAUUUGCUUACUGUCAGGAGGAGAUAGAUGUUUGGACGUUGGAACGUAAAGGAGCCAUAAACCGCGAGCUACUCUUCGAUCCACUGGGGGGUGACACACGACGCAGCCUCACAGUAACUAAACUACUGAAGGAACAUCUUGGCCAGUUCAUGUUCCUUUGUGAGGAAUGUUUUGACAGCAAGCCCAGGUUAAUAAGCAAGAAGGCUAAGGACAACGCAUCAGUCUGCUCUAAUCUAGAAACUAAGCACAACUUUGAAGAGAAUAAGUGCCUAGUCCACAUGUUGUGUGCCACAACAGUUAAGUAUUCCAAGAUCCGCCAAUUCCAGGACCACUGCCUGUUUGAUGUGUGCCGUCAUGAGGUGCGUUACGGGUGUCUACGGGAGGACAGCUGUAACUUCGCCCACAGUCUCAUCGAGCUCAAAGUCUGGGUGAUGCAACAAAGUUCAGGGAUCACACAUGAAGAGAUUGUGCAGGAGUCUAUGAAGCACUGCCUGAGUUUGGAAGCAAUUGCGAGCAGAACACAGGUGCCAUCCGGAGCUGGCAAGGUAUCCUCGCUGGGCAUGAAGAUGAAGUUUGUUUGUAGCCAGUGCUGGAGGAACGGGCAGGUCGUUGAACCGGACAAGAGCCUCAAGUACUGCAGUGCCAAAAUACGACACGGAUGGACCAAGGAGCGGCGGGUAAUGUUGGUGAUGUCAAAUGAACGUAAGAAGUGGGUUGCCAUCCGGCCUUUGCCCUCCUGCAGAAACAUCCCUCAGCAGUACGAUUUGUGUACACAUGUUGCAAAGGGAAAAAAGUGCCAGUAUGUUGGAAACUGCUCAUUCGCCCACAGUUUUGAGGAGCUUGACACCUGGACGUACAUGAAGGAAACCAAAAUGUAUGACAUGCAGCAGGUGUAUGAGAUGUGGCUGAAGAACCAGAAGCCAAUGAUGACUGGCGAGCCCACGGAACUCACCACCAAGCAGAGCGAGAAGCAGAUCCACAUGCCCACUGACUAUGCUGAUGCUGGGAUCGGCUACCACUGCUGGCUUUGUGGGAAAAACAGCAACAGUGAGAAGCAGUGGGCAAAACACAUCACGUCAGAGAAGCACAAAGACAAGGUGUUCAACUCCGAGGAUGAUCAGAACUGUUGGCAACAUCGUUUCCCUAUGGGAGAGUUCAGGCUGUGCGAGAGGCAAAGGAAGAAAUGCUGUCCUGAUGGCGAUAAAUGCCGAUUUGCCCACAGCCAGUCAGAGCUGGAAGAGUGGAUGGAACGCAAAGACUUAAUGAAAAUGAAACUUGCCAAAGCCAGGAAGGACAUGCUGAUCGCGCCAGACGACAAUGAUUUCGGCAAAUACAGUUUUUUGAUGAAGGACUUAAAUUAAUGGAUAAAACCGGUUCAGUUUAAUUAUCACUGCAACCUUUUUAAAUUUAAAGAAAAAAUUGCAUUUGGUAAAA